CGGCAGCAAAGAGCGCAGGCAGGCAUCGGCACCAGUCAAAGCCACCGUCUUGAUUACCCUUCCGUUAGUAAAACCUCUGUCUCGCCCACCAAUAAAGUCCACAGCGAUUUCCAUUUCUUUCCCCAAUUCCGUCCACCAGCUCGCACCACCAGCGGCCAGAGCAGCAGACCAAGCAAGCACGAGGGAGAGAGGAGAGAAAAAAAAAAUUCGGAGCUGCUGAGCUUUGUCCCCGGAGGCGGCGAGGCGUAUAGCCAUGGAGCGGGCGGGGGAGGCGCCGGCCGCCACCGCCGUCGUGCGGAGGGCUCCCUCGACGGCGCCGUCGGCGCGUGUUUCGAUCUGGGAGUCGGUGCGCGCGUGCGGGGUGUGGUCGAAGGAGGUGGACAAGGCCGAGCUGCGGAGGCAGGUCGUCAUGCCGCUCUACCUGCGCCGCGCCGUCGCGGCCGCCGUCAAGGCAAAGGACGAGGCCGCCGGCGUGGCGGCGGCAGCCGCGGAUGACCAGGCGGGGGAGGACGCGGACGGCCCCGCGGUGGCGCCCGUGGUGGUGUUCGUCAACUCGCGGAGCGGCGGGCGGCACGGGCCCGAGCUCAAGGUGCGGCUGCACGAGCUCAUCACCGAGGAGCAGGUCUUUGAUCUUUCUGUUGUGAAGCCUUCAGAUUUUGUUCACUAUGGUUUGAGUUGUUUGGAGAAGUUAGCUGACCAAGGCGAUAACCGUGCGAAGGCCGUUCGUGAGAGAAUGAGAAUUGUGGUUGCUGGGGGUGACGGCACAGUUGGCUGGGUGCUUGGAUGUCUCUCGGAUCUUUAUAAGACGAAAAGGGAACCAGUUCCACCUACAGGAAUCAUUCCACUUGGUACAGGAAAUGAUCUUGCUAGAUCGUUUGGAUGGGGUGGCUCUUUUCCCUUUGGCUGGCGCUCAGCUGUAAAGCGUUAUCUCAGCAAAGCUUCCACUGCUCCCAUUUGCCGUCUUGACAGCUGGCAAACUGUAAUUCAGAUGCCAGAAGGAGAAAUAAAAGAGUUGCCAUAUGCACUUAAGAAAGUGGAACCUGGAGAUCCGUUGGAGAUCAGCCAGGAGAAUGGCACAGAGUUAUCCGAAAAGGCUUCUUUCUAUAAAGGAGUAUUCUACAACUACCUUAGCAUUGGGAUGGAUGCUCAGGUUGCAUAUGGCUUCCAUCAUCUUCGUGAUGAAAAACCGUAUCUUGCACAAGGACCAGUUGCAAAUAAGUUGAUUUAUGCUGGAUAUAGCUGCACUCAGGGGUGGUUUUGUACACCUUGUACAGCAAGUCCUCAGCUAAGGGGGCUUAAGAACAUUUUGCGACUUUCCAUUAAAAAGGCCAAUUGUUCAGAGUGGGAGCAAGUUCAAAUGCCUUCAAGCGUUAGGUCCCUAGUUGUCUUAAAUUUAUACAACUAUGGCAGUGGAAGGCAUCCAUGGGGUGAUCUUAAACCUGAGUAUCUUGAAAAGAGAGGCUUUGUUGAAGCUCAUUCAGAUGAUGGCUUACUUGAAAUAUUUGGUCUGAAGGAAGGUUGGCAUGCUUCAUUUGUUAUGGCCGAGCUUAUCAAAGCAAAGCACAUUGCCCAGGCUGCGGCUAUCAAAUUUGAAAUGAGGGGUGGCGAGUGGGAUCGAGCAUAUAUUCAAAUGGAUGGAGAGCCAUGGAAACAACCACUCUUACAGGAGCACUCAACCAUUGUGGAAAUAAACAAAGUUCCCUAUCAUUCUCUCAUGAUAAAUGGGGAGUAAUGAGAUUUCCCUAUGUCAAUCAGGGUUGCAUUCAUAGAUCGUUAGAAUUGUGUACAGUUCAGGAGCAGCGCGCACUAGAUUCUUAGAACUUGGUCGACUGCAGCGAGGAUGCAUCAUGCAUGUUCGGUGGCCUUUAUGGUGCCAUGGCCGGAGCAUGAUAUGACACCAUGCAUUGUUGUAUUGUAUCAUAUGCGUUGUUGUAUCCCAAGUUCUUUUUUUAAGGAAACAAGCUUGAUCUGUUUGUAUUGUAACGUUGUGUGUCAAAUGCAAAAGAAUAAUCUGGUGAAAAACACUGUAUUAACUGUCAAGUUGGACAGUUUGCCGUUUGCACUGUCCUAUAGAAUGUUUAUUUGCGUA